CCACCAGGGGUACCGAUGGUAAACGUCUACCCAUCCUCCUCUGCCCCUCUCGCUCAUUGUAUCUGCCAGUACUUUCUCUCCUCUCCCCCCAAUUCCCGAUCCGCGCUUCCUCUUUUAACCUCUCUAUCGUCCGCCGCUACCCCCCGCCGGCGAAAAUGAUGCACAUGACCUUCUAUUGGGGGAAAACCGUCACGAUCCUCGUAGAUUCGUGGCGCACCGAUUCCUGGAUUUCCUACCUGCUCUCCCUUAUCGCUCUUUUACUCGGAUCUGCCUUCUACCAGUUCCUCGAAGACCGCCGGGUCCGCUUCAAGCUCCUCUCCAAAUCCAAUCACUCUUCUCUCGAGAUUCCCCUCCUCGCUAGCCGCGCCGGCGGUCGAUAUGCGGCAAGGAUUUUCACUGCAGUUCUUUUUGGCGUAAACUCUGCGAUAGGGUAUCUGCUCAUGCUCGCUGUUAUGUCCUUCAAUGGAGGCGUUUUUCUGGCGGUGGUGAUUGGACUAACGUUGGGCUACUAUGCUUUCCGAAGCGGGGCGGAGGAAGAUCUCAUCGCUUUGGAUAAAUCCUGCGCCUGUUCGUGAUCUGAUCAAUAUCAAACUGGUAUUUCAGGGUGGCUAUUUCCCUUUGUGAAAAUUUCUUCCCCUUUUACUUAAUGAUAUAGGUUCUGUGUUGCUGCGGUUUAAUUUGUUAAGGAAUAUAAGAUUGCGGUUUAUCCGUUUAUGUAUUUGUGCGGUGGGGUUUUUAUGAUUUGUGGAUUAGGGAUUUGACGUAAAAAGAUAAAGGCGAGGGAGAACAAAGUUAUUGUAUCGGUAAUGCAUACUGUCUAUGGAUUUGCAACAGAUAAUAAGUUGUUUACUUCAUAUUUACUCUA